AGCCGAACAGCUACUGUGCAUCUGCGUAUUCGCCAUUAUCUUCCAAUUUUUCUUGUUCUCGGAACAUUAUAUAGGUUUUUUUUCCUUGUCUCUCUCUCUUUCUCAUAUUACAUACAGAAAAGGUCCAAAAGGAGAUAAAAUUAACUGGGAGAGUGUGAAAAUCUCGUCGGUGUUUCGAUCCGAGUUUGUGUAAAUCUCGUUAAUUUGUGUUUCUCCGGAGGAAUAGACAAGUAUAGAGAGUGUGUGUAAGUCUGCGUGUAAGAGGAAUCUCGUUCUUGUUCAAGAUGUGUGUUUCUAGUUAUAAUGGAUGAUAGUGAAGAUAUUUCAUUUACUAAGGAGAUUGUAUCGAAUCCGUGAUGUUAUCGUUGUGAAUCUGACGAUCAGAUCGAUCGCUGUGUUACUUUCAUUGUGAAUUCGGUCAAACAAGAUUUGUCGAGAAUGAACGGCGGAAACGGUGUAGAAGAAGCUGCGGCGAGUACGGCUUGCGGGCCGGAGCCUCUGGAGUGGAAAUUCUCUCAGGUUUUUGGCGAACGGGCUGCCGGGGAGGAAGUACAGGAAGUUGAUAUUAUUUCCGCCAUUGAAUUUGAUAGUACUGGGGAUCACCUUGCCACUGGAGAUCGCGGAGGUCGGGUUGUUUUAUUUGAAAGAACAGAUAUGAGAGAUCAUGAUGGAAGUCGAAGAGAUCUAGAGAGGAUGGACCACCCAAUCAAUAGGCAUCCUGAAUUCCGCUAUAAAACAGAGUUUCAAAGCCAUGAGCCUGAAUUUGAUUAUCUUAAGAGCUUGGAAAUUGAGGAGAAAAUCAAUAAAAUUAGAUGGUGUCAAUCAGCCAAUGGCGCCCUAUUUCUUCUUUCAACUAAUGAUAAAACCAUCAAAUUUUGGAAGGUUCAAGAGAAGAAGGUUAAGAAAGUAUGUGACAUGAACAUGGACCCUGUGAACGAUGUGGGAAAUGUUCCUAUUGUUGGGUCAAGUACAUCAACCAGCUUGAAACCUUGUAUUGCGAAUGGAAAGUGCACAGAGAAACGUGUUGGUCAUUCAAGCUGUGAUUUUGAGUUUCCAUCCGGGGGCAUCCCUUCUUUGCGGUUGCCAACGGUAGUGACUAGUCUUGAGAUGAGCCUUGUGGCUAGGUGUCGAAGAAUAUAUGCCCAUGCCCAUGACUAUCACAUUAAUUCCAUUUCUAAUAACAGUGACGGGGAGACUUUUAUAUCAGCUGACGAUUUACGAAUAAAUCUUUGGAACCUGGAAAUCAGCAGUCAGAGUUUCAAUAUUGUUGACGUGAAGCCCGCAAACAUGGAGGAUCUGACUGAGGUGAUAACUUCGGCAGAAUUUCACCCUACUCACUGUAACAUGUUAGCAUAUAGUAGUUCGAAGGGCUCAAUCCGUCUGAUUGAUAUGCGACAGUCGGCUCUGUGUGAUAGUCAUAGCAAAUUGUUUGAGCAGCCAGAGAUGCCUGGCACAAGGUCCUUCUUCACAGAAAUUAUUGCGUCAAUCUCGGAUCUAAAGUUUGCUAAGGAUGGAAGGCAUAUACUUAGUCGAGACUACAUGACUCUCAAGUUGUGGGACAUAAAUAUGGAUUCUGGCCCGGUUGCAACUUUCCAGGUUCAUGAAUACUUGAGACCUAAGCUCUGUGAUUUGUAUGAAAAUGAUUCUAUCUUUGACAAGUUUGAGUGUUGUCUUAGUGGAGAUGGACUUCGAGUGGCAACUGGUUCCUACAGCAAUCUGUUCCGCGUGUUUGGUUGUUCUGAAGGAAGCACAGAAGCCACGACAUUGGAGGCCAGCAAAAAUCCCACGAGGAGGCAAGUCCAAACACCAUCAAGGCCUGCUAGAUCUCUGGGCACUCUAUCUCGUGGUUUCAGGCGAGGUGCUGAUAACUCUGGAGGUGAUUCAAACGGAAACGCUUUUGAUUUCUCAACAAAGCUGCUACAUCUAGCAUGGCAUCCAACUGAAAAUGCACUCGCAUGUGCUGCCUCAAACAGCCUUUACAUGUACUAUGCAUAAGAUGAUGUGGGAAGGAAUUCUGUUUUUGCUUGGCAAUGCUCAAAUCAUUGCCUGCGGUGAAGGUUGCUUUGCCUUUCUUCCUCGGCGAGUGACAGCAAGUUGUGCCAAUUAUCAUACUCCCAGCUACCAAUUAGAAUUCUAGCACCAUUUUGACACCGGGGUUGGAUGUUACUCUUGUUAAAUUAUGAAGGAAGACAUUAGCAUUCGCUACCAGGCAGGCAGGCUGUGCCUAACUGAUUCAUAUUCUUUCAUCGAGGAAGAUGCGAGUCUGCCCUUGUAUUAUUUUGUUUAGGUCAAAGAAAGUGCCGUUUUAGCUCAGCUCCUCAACAAUCCGAAAAAGAAGCUUCUGUGCUGCUACUCCUGAGGCAAGUGGGAGGUCUAGACCCGAAUUUGAGGGGGAGCUGUUUGGAUGCAUCAAUUCUCAUUGAUACGUAGGGCUUCAACAAUGUAUUAUCAUGAUUAUUGUUAUUUUGAUAUUCUAACCAUUCUUUCUCUCAAAAGUUUUCCCGUUUGUUUUGGUCUUUGCAGCAAGAUGAUUCUGUUCCCUAUCUUUUUUUUUCAUUAUUAAUUUUCUUUUCUCGGAUGUAGUACUUGUCGUGCGGUUUUCUGGAAGUUGAACUAUUGCUA